AUGACCGAUCUCCAGUACGACAAAGACUAUAAUACUGCCAGAUCCGCCAUUGAUGCUGGCAACAUUGACGAAGGUCUCGCCACCUGUGAAACUCUACUUACAGACACCGAGUUGCCUCGCUAUUAUCGCAUCAAGACGCUCGUCCUUCUAGCCUCAGCAAACAAAGAAUGGCGCCAGAAAGAGGACUUGCGCUUACGCGCUGAACACACCUGGAGUGAAUCUCGAAAACUGCAUCCGAAAGGUCAAAACCAGACUACCGACGACGUGCUAGCAGAACUUCGAGAACUACUGGACACCUUCAAGACAGAACAGCGCGACACUAUGCCAUCCAACUACGAAGACGAACUAUCUGCUGCUCUGGCUGAGACGGAAAUUGAGGAUCUGGCCGAUAUUGCCGAUGGAGAGAUGGAGACGCUGGCUGAUGAGGAAUAUGCUCGUGAACAAAGUGCCAGCGAUGAGCCACUGAUCGGCCGCACGAAAUCUGCUGUCGUGGAUGCGGAAGAAGAGGAACCCAAAUUGCCCGCUUCAUCACCCAAUUCCUCCUUCGCGCCUGCGUCUACGUUGAAGGCUUCGCAGGACAUCCUGGCUCAUCGUGUUCGUGACGGCCAGACUGCUGGUUCGAGGAUGGUGCAUCGUACUCGUGGUGUCGGAAGACGCUCUUCUUGA